CCAGGAUCGCAGUGCCCGCUGGGGACGGCGGUCUUGGAGCUGCGUGGUUGGAGACGAGUUGCUGGGGUCACGUUGCGCCCGGCACUCACUUUGCCGUCUAGGCUUCGCGCUUUCAGCGCGGAGGUGGAAAAACUGACGUUCGAGUCCCGCAGUCCCCGGCGGCGGUGCCUGUGGAGCCAGCUUUUCAGUCGGCGGACGCGGGGAGGGGAGGGCGCCGCGCCUUUAAGAGCAGAGCGCGGCGGCGCGGGCGGGGUGGAGCCGGCGAGACCCGGGCGCGCGGAUACCCGGUGCGCGGCGGCGGCCCCUGCACACAGUGUGGCCCCGCGGUGCCGCGGGGAGCAGUUCAGGCGCCCCCGCGUCCUUCGGCCGCGCCGACCGUCCCUCCCGGCCGCUGAGCGGCGCCUGUGUGACCCCCGCCGGCGGGCGGAGCCUGCACCCCGGGCCGAGAGGCCGCGAGUCUCAUUUUCAGUUCCUGUCAGAGCCAGGAGCAGUUGGGAAAGAGCCCCUGCAGGAGCCGGCCCAUUCUAACGCACAGAUGGACCUGGAUGUGGUGAACAUGUUCGUAAUUGCCGGUGGGACACUGGCCAUCCCAAUCCUGGCAUUCGUGGCUUCCUUUCUCCUGUGGCCUUCAGCAUUGAUAAAAAUCUACUACUGGUACUGGCGGAGGGCGCUGGGCAUGCAGGUUCGCUAUGUGUACCACGAAGACUACCAGUUCUGCUACUCCUUCCGGGGCAGGCCGGGGAACAAGCCGUCCCUCCUCAUGCUCCACGGCUUCUCUGCGCACAAGGACAUGUGGCUCAGCGUGGUCAAGUUCCUUCCAAAGAACCUGCACUUGGUGUGUGUGGACAUGCCGGGACACGAAGGCACCACCCGCUCCUCCCUGGAUGACCUGUCCAUAGACGGGCAGGCCAAGCGGAUCCACCAGUUUGUAGAAGUCCUCAAGCUGAACAAAAAACCCUUUCACCUCGUGGGCACCUCGAUGGGUGGCCACGUGGCUGGAGUGUACGCUGCUUACUACCCGUCAGACAUCUGCAGCCUGAGUCUGGUGUGCCCCGCUGGCCUGCAGUAUUCAACUGACAACCAGUUUGUACAGCGGCUCAAAGAGCUGCAGGAGCCAGAAGCCGUGCAGAAGAUCCCGCUGAUCCCUUCUACCCCAGAGGAGAUGGGCGAGAUGCUACAGCUCUGCUCCUACGUCCGCUUCAAGGUGCCCCAGCAGAUCCUGCAAGGCCUUGUCGACGUCCGUAUUCCUCAUAACAACUUCUACCGGAAGCUGUUUUUGGAAAUCAUCAACGAGAAGUCCAGAUACUGUCUGCACCAGAACAUGGACAAGAUUAAGGUCCCCACACUGAUCAUCUGGGGGAAGCAGGACCAGGUGCUCGAUGUGUCUGGGGCAGACAUACUGGCCAAGUCAAUCGACCACUGCCAGGUGGAACUUCUGGAAAACUGUGGGCACUCGGUGGUCAUGGAGAGACCCAGGAAGACAGCCAAGCUCAUCACUGACUUUUUAGCAUCUGUGCACAGCACAGGCAACAAGAAGCUGGACUGAAGCCCAGACAGCAGCUUGCGUUCUGCACAUAGCGUCCACUCCUGUCCCCAAGACCUGAUGCGGCCACCAACCACUCUCAGGGAUCCUGCCCCAAAUGCAUCGGUGUGCCAGCGUCCCUGAGGAACCCAGGCCCCUGUUCCCAUUCUCUUUGAUUCCAUAGAGCUUCAGCAUUCCCAGAAAAUCUCCAAGAUCCUUUUCUCAAAAUGGAAACUCACAUGGAACAAAAUAAGAAAACCCAGCCCUGAAAUCUCUGGAGAAGUCCUCAAGUUCAUGUUGCUGACAGGCUUGUGCGAAGUGGCCACGCUGAGCCGUGAUCACCCAGGACAUUUCUGUAAGACAUUCCCUGGACUCUGAGGUGGGAGGUGUUUUUGUUGCUUCAGGCGUCUUCCCGUGCACGGCCAGUGGCUCCUCCGUAGGAGUGUAGUCCUCGUUCACCGCACCCCUCGCUUAUGUCUAGUUUAAGUUGUGCACAGAGGCCCGUAUGUGAAUGCAGCCCGUCAGCCAUAGAUGGAGGAGGAAGACUGCAAGCUGGGGAGACGUUUCCACCUUUCCCACUUAAGGGAAUGGCGUGUGUGCGGCACGCUGCUGUGGUGUGGCCUGCCCUGCGCUGUCUGGACAGCAGGACGCUCCGUCCAGUGGGUGGCCCGGCACCCAUGGGUCAGCGUGCUGUGAGGGAACCUAGAUGCUGAACGGGAGCACAGGACGGGGUGGGUUUCCUGGGAUCAUUUAUUAUAUUUUAAAAUAGGACUAAUAAAGCAAUAAUGUUUUAGAUUUCUAAUCAGAAUCAAGUUCCACACUCAAGCAGCUUGGGCCUCUUUUCUAUUUUGCUGUGUUCCCGAAACCCCUUGGAUGUAACAUACUAAUUUGUUAAUGAAUUCUGUGAAUUCUGUGAACAGUAAUGUGAUUGAGAGUAAGUCCAAACAGCUGUAAAAGUGACCACAAUGGUGUGAAAUAAGUUUAAUAAGUCUGCAGGAACUUCUAGAUGGUUCCCACUGUGGAGCUCCUGAUUAAGUGCAAUGUUGGUAGUUUUUCUGUUACCUUUGAAACAUGUUUUGAAAAGUGAGGCUUUUGGGCUGAGGUGUGACUCAGUGGCAGAGCACUUGCCUGGCAUGUGCAGGGCCGUGGGUUCAGCUGUCAGCUUUGCAAACUACAAAUACAAAUUAAGACAUGUUCUACAGGCAGUGGAAGCUUUGGCUUACAAGUUGAUUGGUUUCAUUUUAAUAAAUCCUGUUUACAGC